CCCUUUGUUUUGGUAGUGGCCUCAGGCCUGAGUCCGGGCCUGGGAGCUCGAUUGUAGUAAGAAUUGGGUCAGAUUUUGGGGGUCACCCUGCGUUCAUGAUGCUGGGGCCACGGGCUGUGCUGUGUCGGCUGGGUCGAGGGUUACUGCAAGCUGGAGGCGCCAGUAGUCGUGUUAAUUCAAUGGAGAGCCAGAGCUGCUUGGUACAUAUGAGUUUUGUGAAGUUACAAGGAUUAGCAGAAAAUGAGAACAAUUCCACAGAACUAACAGAAGGCAAGACUUCAGCAGAUUUCAGUAUCCUACCUCCAAUGCCAGGACAGGAGAGCCCUUUGCGCUGGGGAGGCAAAAAGUUUGAAGAUCUACACAUAGUGCACAUCAAAGCAACAUAUAAUAACACACACAUUCACGUUACCACCCACGAGGGACUGAGCAUAGUGCGGACUUCAUGUGGUACAGAAGGAUUUAAGAACGCCAAGAAGGGGACCCCAGUUGCAGCACAGACUGCCGGCAUUUCAGCAGCAGCGAAAGCAACUGAUCAAGGAAUAUCCUUUGUGCGUGUGGUGGUGAAGGGUUUGGGACCUGGCAGGCUGUCUGCCAUUAAAGGAUUAAGCAUGGGUGGCCUCCAGGUGGUUUCACUCACAGAUAACACUCCUAUUCCUCACAAUGGCUGCCGACCAAGGAAAGCGCGCAGAAUGUGAAGCUUCACGAUAUGUGAUUGAUAAUGAGGCAUCAACAGAAAUUAUAAACAAGAUGUGGAAGAAUGCAUGGAUGACUACCUAAGUCAGUAGGAACCUAAUACCAGACUGGAUGAAAACAUUUCUAUUGCAAUUAUGUUCCAAAAACUACUUGAUGUCUAUACUGAUUGUCUGACUAGAAUGCCAGUUUAACCAGAGAAUAAAUUAUAAUUUUGCUCUUCCCCAA